AUGACAAGUCACAUUACACGCAUGCAGUAUGAACAACAAAGACUGAAUAGUCUAGGAAGAAGUGGCAGCUCUUCUUCAUUACGUUCCAGUGAUCCUAUACGUGUUCCUUCAGUUGCUUCAUUUCGUCCCUAUCCUGCAAAUCAGUUAAUUAAUCAAGAGGCAACAGGAUCUACUGUCUCAGGAUCUUAUAUAUCAUCUAAACCUAGAUCACAAGUUGGUUCAGUUGGAAAUGUUUAUCAGAAUAUCAUAAAAAGUACAAGGCAGUUAGAUCCGGCUGUUAACGGAUCAACAAAUCUACAAAAUAUUGAAAAUGGGACUUCUGUUUUAAGUGAGAGCAACAGCAGAAUAGGUAGCAUGUCAGGUUAUCAACCAUCAAUAUUACUGACAAAAUCAGUUCAAGGAACACGUUCAAUGUACGCUCCCAGUCACUUCAGAAUGUCAAAAAGCUUAAAAGCAUCUAAAGCCUCAUUAGCAACAUAUAAAAGUGGUAGGACAACGAUUCAAGCUGAACAUCAUGAUCGUAAAGUACAAAGAGAAAUAAAUUCAGUGAAAUUCGGUCGUGCAAAAAGAUUGUAUUGGAUUGCAAUCGGUUUUUAUACUAUUUUCUUGCUAGUAUUAUUUAUCGGUCUCCUAAUCACAUGUCUACGACAUGUUUAUAUGAAUAUAAUUUUAUCGUUAGAUAUUGGUGAAUUAACUGGUCCCUUAUUAAUUGCUUGUUCAUUUUUAUUCUUCGGAGCUGGAAUGAAAUUCUAUUAUGAUGCUUAUCGACUUGGAUCUGAAGAACGUAAACGUAUCAAGUAUAAAGCAGCAAGUCCUUCUACUGUAACAGUCACUACAGUAAGUCAGCGGGCUGCGGAUCCAGAGGAGAAACUCGUUAGUGGACAGACAUCGAAAAAUGCUUUGAGUCGUGCACCGAUUGGAUCGAGAACAACUUUAAUUAUGCCUUGA